AGCUUUGUAUCUUGUGCUUUGAUACCUGUUUUUUUUACUUCUAUUUUGAGAACACUGUUUUAAUACUCACAUACCUUGUGCAUGCGAAUAGUUUCGGUCAAUUAAAUUAAACUUACUUGACAAAGAUUAAAAUAAAUAAAGUAAUUUUGUGAAUCCCAAGUUUUAUUAAUUUUUGUUGCGUUUUGUUGCAUCUCCAUAGAUUGUUUAAAAAUAAUGGAAACAGCAUCAUAGAAAGCGAAAACUUCACCGUAGAUUGUUUAAAAAUCAGGAAAACGGAAUCGUAGAAAGCGAAAAGAUCGCUGUGGAUCAUUUAAAAAUCAUGAAAACAAGAUCUUAGAAGCGGUCAUUUCAAUUUGUAUAAAAGGUAAAACGAUGGUGGAGACAGUCCCUGAAUAAAAUACAACAUUUAGUGUAUGGAUAGAAAGUAAAUUUAAGAAUUAAAAAUGUCUCAGAAGAAUGCAGCAGAGACAGAUGAAAAUGCAACAAAAUUCAUAUUAAUGAAUGACAGAAUUGGGAAGGUGUUGCCUAAAAAUUGGCUUGAGAGAAAUUUUAAUACAAUUGCAAAAAAAAUAAGUGGGGAUUAUCAUGCAAUUAAAGGUGGGCUGUAUAAAGAGUUGCCUGUAGAUUUGCAACCAAAAGACACUAAAUUUGUUAAUCUUGUCUCGAUUGAAAACAAACAGCAUACACUUGAGGUUUCAUUGCAAGAUGUCCAAGAAGUUUCAAAGGAGCAUGCUGACAUGUUGUUGGCUGUGCCAUCUUGUAUUGAUCGAAUGGAAAUAAUGAACAAUCGUGAUCUCUUGAGGUCAGCUACUGAUGCAAAGGUUGGGGACCAAGUGAAAGUGGAUACAGAACAUGGUCAACCGAAAGGUAUUCUCAUGUAUAAGGGAAGAUUACGUAGGCAUAAAGGCAUAUAUUUUGGAGUAAAAUUUGACAACAAAGUUGGAGAUUGUAAUGGUUCAGAUGGUACUAUGAAUUAUUUCAAAUGUGAAGAAAACCAUGGUACUUUUGUUGCAUUGCAUAAAAUAAUGUUUUCUGAACCAAGUCUUAAUCAACAGAAUGGGAGUAAAGAAUAUAAAUCAUCUACAAAGGAAAAUUUACCAAUCGAUAUAAGUCAUCUAGCAGUUGGUAUGCGUGUAAUUGUGUUUGCUGACAAGGGAAAGAAAAAGAUCCUUCGAGGAGUUAUACGUUAUUUGAAUAAACCAAAUAAGAAUGCCAAAUAUAUUGCUGGUUUAGAGAUGGAUGAGAAAUUGGACAAAUUUUUUCAAAACGAAAGUAAUAUAAAGUAUGCUGGCACCCCAAAACCUUUCCCAUGUCCUAAUGAUAAACGUUUAUAUGCUGAUCCAACAACAUUAUUACCAGAGAAACAAUUUGAUGAAAGUGCUGGUGAUAUAGUUGAACCAUACACAAUUUUAAACGAAUCACUAGACAAGAAUGGGAUGUCAUCACUAAAGACAGAAGUAAUAAAACCACCUGAAAUAGAGGUUAUAGAUCUGGUUGAAGAGCAAGAACAUAUAUGGAAAAAACACCAGGAGAAAAAAGAGUCUGAAAGGAUGCGAUCUUAUUCUAAUCCACACUCACUGCAAAAUGGUGGAGAUGAUAGGUGGCAAGACAGUCUCUUAAAUGAUAAUAAAAGUUCCAGCAGGGGUUCUGUUCCCACUGAAAACGAAAUGAACGAGGAGGAAAGAGCAAAUCAAAUGAGAGAAUAUGAUACAAGUAUUCAUAUUUUGAAAAAGGAAAUGGGCAUUGACAAUCUUGGACAUGAUAACAGGUUCUCAACAGUUAACUUUGAUCCCCCCCAAAAUAAUGUUGAUACAACAUCAAAAGUUUUAUCAAGUGGCAACCCUGUGAGUAACAUAAGAGAUGCAACUAAUACAUUUAAGCACACAGAUCAAAAAAACAUCCUAAAGUCUUUAAAUCCUGACAGCAACUAUCUGAAUGUAAAUUCAACUGACAGAAAACGACAACACUCUGCACCAAAUGUGUCUGUUUAUCCUGAAGAGUCAUUUGAAGAAAAAACUAAAGACUUAUACUCUGAGCGUCUACGUCACAAAUCUGCUCCUGCGCGUGUUCUGCACAAAGAUUUAAACCAAAAUACAAACUACCUUACAGACGUUAACAGUACAAGUAAUAGUGAACGGUACAGAAGUAGUGCAUAUUCAAGCUUGCCUAGGCAACCUGAUAAUUAUGGAGAAAAAAGCUAUAAUGCUACACAACAAUCACCUACUGUUUAUCCAUCUGAAGACCGCAGUAGCUCUCUCCAAGUGGGUUCCAUGGCUCAAAUUGUGAUUUCCUCAAAAGCUCAUUAUGGUGUUAUAAGGUGGACAGGUUAUCCAACGAAUAUACCUUAUAAGCUGGCUGGGUUAGAACUGGAAAACCCUAUAGAAGGUGGAACAGAUGGUACAUUUCAAAGGGAAAGAUUUUUUGUCUGUCAACAUGGGCGAGGCUUCUUCUGCAAGCUGUCAACUUGUAGACCUGACGAAAGGUUCAAUAGUGUACCAUAUCCAUUAAGUCCAAGUUAUGUUGCUGCCGAAAUUGAAUCAGUGCAUGGUUGCCUUCUCCCAGCCACCAAAUUGGAACCAAAGUAUGUGGGAAGGAAAAAGGGUGUACAGGGUCAUCACAAUUCCUGCUAUAUGGAUGCUACCAUUUUUGCCAUGUAUGCAUUUGCUCACGUAUUUGAUGUUGCAUUGCAUCGAAAGAAGCGGAGGGAUGACAUUUUAGAAUACGAUCGCGUGCAGCGGAUUCUUAAAGAGCAAAUUGUAAACCCGCUGAGGCAAAAUGGUUAUGUACAUCAUCAGAGUGUUAUGGAGCUGCGCAAAUGUUUAAAUGAUUUAGGAGAUAUUGGUGGCUUCCUAAAUGAAGAAAAAGAUCCGGAAGAAUUUGUUGUUUUGUUGUUUGAAAAAGUUUUAAAAAUCGAUCCAUUUGUGAAGUUGAGAUCGGGCAAUGGACGCGAAGAGACGUCGCAUUUGUAUCAGAUUUUUGCUGAAAGAGACGUGAGAAAUCCACUGCCAUCAAUACAAUAUUUAUUGGAAUAUUCCUUCAUGUCUGCAAACCUCCAACUGGCCGAAAUACCUUCUGUUAUGGUGCUGCAAAUGCCACGUUUUGGAAUGCAGAAAUUGUACAAGAGAAUUAUAAUCAACCCCACAUUGAAUAUCACACGAAUCUUAUCAGAUGCCAUUCAGUCUUGCGUGAUUUGUGGAGCGGUUGCCAACUCUUUUUGUCGUGAGUGCGCAUGUCAGUUUGGUUGGAACAAUGUAUACGCUUAUCUGUGUCCAAGCUGCUGGAAAAGUGUUCACAAUCAUCCGAAAAGGUUACAUCAUCCUGCACCACCGUCGUUACCGCCAUCCGAUCAUCAUUCGACUGAGGAGCAAAAAGUGACCAUGGAGUUGUUUGCUGUUGUGUGCAUCAACACCAGCCAUUAUGUAUCGUUCGUAAAAUGCGGAACACACAACGACGAAAGUUGGGUGUUUUUUGACAGUAUGGCUGACAGAUGUGGUGGCGAGAAUGGAUACAACAUACCUCAAGUUUCCCAGCUUGAUGAUUUGAAACGUUUUCUGUAUGGAGAACCACUUGACAUUGCUGAUCUCGACAAAAAGAGCGACGAAAGGAUAGUCCGACUCUACGAAGACGCGUCUUUGUGUUUCUAUCGCAACAAAGAAGUAACAAUGUAUAAGUAGUCGAAUUACCGUGGUGUUAUUUAAAUACAUGAUUGCAACGACCCUGGCGUUCGUAACCGUUUAGCGGGAUAUUACUCCAGUAACGUCAUUAGAUCUGCGAUGUAUGGCGUUUGCAACGCGUCAGCUAGAUGAAGAGAGAUCGUGAAGAAGUUGAGAUGGAAAGGCCAGGUCAAAACCUUUGUAUAAAAUUGUAAGAUAUAACUUAGUUGGAACAUAGAAAUUUAAAAAGACGUAAGGUAAUGACGUAGAAAUAUGGUCUUUAUUUUUGUAAACUGUUUUUUAUUUAGUUGUAUGGGUUUCGAAAUAACGGUAAUCUCUGCGGGGAAGUAUACUUUAUAUUGCUAUUUUAAAAAUCUACGUAGGAGCCUGUUUGUCGUUGUCUUUUGUAGCCUUAAUUAUUUCGAAACAAAUUUUAUCGGUUCCUUAGUUUAUUUGCUGAAAUAUUUUUUGACUUAGCGGGUAAAUUUAAAAAAAAUAUUCUUCUUUAAGUCCUAUUGUUAUGGGCAACAAAGUUUGCAAAGUUUUAAAUUGAGAAUAUUCAGACCAUAUAGCUUGUUUUGUGUUACUGUUUUCGUUUUUUGUAUUUUGUUUAUUUUUCUCAAAGAUUUCAUAUUGAGACUGGAAAGUGAAGUUCGAACUUGUAAAUUUAUUUGGCACAAAACAUUUUUUGCAAUAUAAUUUCUUAGACCAUGUUUACACAUUUCGGAGUUACACAUUUCGGAUUGUCUUUCUGCUAGAAUAGAUGCAUUUCGAAUCAGGGUUUUCACACAGAUAACAAAGUAAGUAACAACAUCUUCAGUUAUUGUUGACAUAAAUUUUCCGGCAUUAUACUGUUUAUACUGUUUUUACGUGUCAAUUUGUCCACAGUUGAGUGAUACUACUCCAGGGCAAAUUUUGGACACCGGAGCGAAAUGAUUUCGUUUCUCUUUUUGGGUCGUUCCGGAUACUAUAGUGUGCGAAACAGAAAUUGUUCCGGUGCAUCAAUCCGGAAUGUGUGUACACAAGGUUAAUAGUAGUGUUUAGUUAACACUUCAAAUCAUUUUUUAAUUUAAAUUAUUUUUAUGUUUAACUUCUGUGUUCUUUCGUACUUUCUAACCAAUUUAUGGGUAAGAUAAGAAUAAAAAAUUUGUGUAAAAUAACUAAUGUGAUGUCUAUAAGUUUAGAUUGUCGAGUAAGUAAGUGAGCAGUCGCAUGCUAUUACUUAAAAUUACCAUCAGUAGAGAAUUGCCACCAUUUUUAUAAUGGGCGAUAUCGUUCCUUAAAUGCGUACACAAACAAAAAAGAUCGCGAAUUUGUUUCUGUGUUCGAUUUCUUUAAGCAUGUCCUCACGGACACUAUUCUAUGGUUGAACUAUGGUCAGCUAUGCCACAAAUUAAAUGCUUUUUAACGAAUUUUUUGUUUUCGCUGUUUCUCUGUUUAUAUCGAUGUGAGUUAUCUUUGAAAGACGAGUUUUAGAAAACGCACGUGCAUUUUUAUAAAAAAUAUUAAUAAUAUCAGGAUUAAGUAUUA